GCGUCACUGCAGAUUAAGCGAACAAACGUCAACACAGGAGCCCUCAUCAUCAUCAUCAUCGCAACAAACCUCUUAUUUACUGCUACGACUAAUAACACUCACCGAUAUAAAGUACACGUUCCGCUUCUAAACAUGUCUAUCAAUUUAGCCGUAGCUCAACAGGGGAGGGCAACGUAAAAACUUGAGUCUCAAUAGGCCGGGAAGAAGAAGGGGGGUUUGGUUGUGAGGUGGAGGUUUUCGGGUCUCACACGCGCACACAAAACAGUGCAGUCGAAGAUCAUUUGAAUACAAACGAGUCAUAAAUAUAAAUAAUAACGGUAGUAACCGAUACAUAUUGACGGGAGAGAAUAACAUUUGCUCAAAAAUAUAAAUACAUAGGCGUCAAAUUUCGGUUGUACAGUGCUGGAUAUCGCAGCUCCAGUGCUGUUAAACGCAUAACUUUAACAAAUGCAUUCCUGUAAUUAACAUUAAGGAUAACACCGUACAGUAACAAUAAUCAUAAAUAUAAUAAAACAGCUGCAAGCACAGCACAUAGAAUAGACAGUACAACGAUCGGUAUCGAGCACAUGCAUUUAAACUAUAAAUAAUAGGUAGUUUUCGAUAGAGAACAAAGCACACAUAGUAUAGCAAUACAUAGAUUAGUGCUGUACGUACAGCACUUAGAAUAGACACAGACAUGCAGGUUAUAUAACAGACUGUACACAAGCAAUACACCUUAGCUUAUACACUACAGUAUACACAGUUUAUAUACAGUGCGUAGAGUGCAGUGCAGUAUAUACAAUACUAAUACAAUAUACUUUAUAGGCGAUAUGCAAGUAAUAUUGUAGUACACAGAACAUAAGAGUAUUGACUCCACGCACACUACAUACACGGUAUAUAGAAUACACAUUCUUUACAACAUUGUUCUACAGACUACAGGAGAAACCAGUACAGCUUGUACACCACACACACAGUGCGUCUGGUGCAGAAUCUCCAGGGGGUUAAGGAAACAAAGAGACAGAGGGAGGACAAGGGGACAGACAGACAGGGAGACAGGCAGGGAGAUAGACAGGAAAGGAGACAGGGGGACACAGGGAGACAGAGAGAGUCAAGGGGGCAGACAGGGAGAUAGACAGGCUAAGAGACACAGGGAGACAGAGAGCCAAGGGGCAGGCAGACAGAUAGACAGACAAAGAGAACAAGAGAGAGACAGGCAGGCAAGGAGACACAAGGAGACACAGGGAGGCAGAGAGAGUCAAGGGGGCAGGCAGGCAUUCAGGGAGACAGAGAGAGUCAAGGGGGCAGACAGGCAAGGGAAUCGAGGGAGAGACGGUGGAAUCAAGAGGAGGAGGCAGCCAGGCAAGGGGGGAGCCCAGUCACCCGCGGUGGGGGGGCAGCGAUGAUGGCUCAGGCUGAAGCGAGGGACGCCGAGGCCGAGGCCGGGCCCGGCUCGCCCGGGGUGGCCCCUGCGGAGGAGCCCGUGAAGAAGCGGGCCCGCCUGGACGAGGCGGGCCGACAGGGCGGCAGUGGCAGUGGUGGUGGUGGCGGUGGUGCUGGAGGCGCGAACAGCAACAAGCUGGAGGAGAGGCUCUACUCCGUGCUGUGCUGCACCGUGUGCCUCGACCUGCCCAAGGCCUCCAUCUUCCAGUGCUCCAACGGACACCUGAUGUGCGCCGGCUGCUUCAUCCACCUGCUGGCCGACGCGCGGCUCAAGGAGGAGCAGGCCACGUGCCCCAACUGCCGCUGCGAGAUCAGCAAGAGCCUGUGCUGCCGCAACCUGGCGGUGGAGAAGGCGGUGAGCGAGCUGCCGGCCGAGUGCGGCUUCUGCCUCCACCAAUUCCCCCGCUCCUGCCUGGAGCACCACCAGAAGGAGCUCUGCCAGGACCGAGGCUGCGGGGGGGAUUUAAGAGACUUGCCCAUUGUUUCAACCGCCGUGCCAGGAGAUCGAAUCGAACCGUCGACCUCUGGAUUGCAAGUCCAGUGUGCUAACCGUUACGCCGCAGCACCAUCCCAAAUAUGGCUGACGAACUGUCGGUACCAGCGCAUCGGGUGCCCGUGGCAGGGCCCUUUCCAUGAGAUCAGCGCUCACGAGGCCGAGUGCUGCCACCCCAAGAAGACCGGCUCCGAGCUCAUGGGUGUGCUCGACGAAAUGGACCAGAACCACAAGAAGGAGAUGCAGCUCUUCAAUGACAUCUUCACCCUGCUGAGCCUGGAGAAGAUCGGAUACACCGAGGUUCAGUUCCGACCCUACCGGACGGACGACUUCAUCACGAGGCUGUACUACGAGACGCCGCGCUUCAACAUCCUCAACCAGACGUGGGUGCUCAAGGGGCGCGUCAACGACUCGGAGCGCAACCCCAAUCUGUCGUGCAAGCGAGCGCUCUCUUUCCAGCUGAACCUCAAGAGCAAGCUGAGCUCGCCCAUGGAGUGCGCCUUCCUGCUGCUGCGCGGGCCGUACGACGACGCCCGCGUCACCCCCGUCGUGCACUACUUCACCUUCACCAACGAGGGCAACGAGACCGAGUACCUGCCCCUGCCCAUCGUCUCCGCCGUCGAGUGCAACAAGCUGCUCGCCGCCAAGAACAUCAACCUGCGCCUCUUCAUGUUCCACGUGCAGAAGUAGUAGGGUGACGGCGGGGAGGAGCAGGAGGGUGGAGAAGACGAGGAUGGAGGGAAGGGGGCGAAGAGGGGGAGAUUAAAAACACGUGAAUAACUGGAGCGAUAAAGCGGCGAGAGCCGGCGAAUGCACGGGCACGUUAAGUAAAAUACGAGUUGUGUUUACGGCAAGUAAAUACGGCGUUUUGGGAGAAAGCAAAAUGAGAUGUCCGCGACGCAGCGUGCCCUCCCGCCGCUGAAACGGAGCGUGUGGUGGCUCUCGCUCUCCAACGUCGACGUCGGGGAAGAUUUCUCAUCGCUCUCCGGCCCCUCCUCCGCAUGGGAUGACCACUGGGUCCGUGAAGGCUGGAUGUUGCAGGCGGCCGUAGCUCGACCCGUUAAUGUAAAUGGAAGUGUUUGUUACGUCUGCGCUGUCCGGGUGCGGGGCGGGCGAGAGACGCCUACGGGGUGGGAAGCGUUGUGCGUGCGCGGCCGUCGGCCGUCGCCGGUAGCCGCCACUCGGAAACGUUCCCGAGCGCCGGACGUUGCGAGUGCUCGCUCAGCCGGGGGGGCACGCGGAGGAAAAGAGAAACGUUAAAAGCAACAGGAUGAGAGCGGUGGGCAGGAAAUUUAGGAAAAAAAAAUCAUAUCUGAGUUACAUCUACCGAUUUAAACGGCGCCGCCGCUGUUCGCAAAUCUUUUCUGCAGGGUUUAAUUUUGUUUUAUUCUGAACAGUCGUCGGGGGAGAGAGGGAAGCCCAAGGGAGGGGAGGAAGGGACGGCAUGAUGAGGGGGGCGGGUGGCGAGCUAGCGUGUUGCAUGGCAUGCGAGGUCCGCUUUACCGUCAUCACGGUUGGCAUAAUUAAAUAUUCUAACUGCACAUUAACGCGUCAAAUGCUCGCAUCCAAACGGUUCAACAAGAAGAGUUGUAGAUGUCGUUUGCCCCAUUUCAUCUGUGACCUGUGUAUUUUUCAUGACGGACGAUGGCCGUGCGAACGGUCGAGGCAUAAACCACCCAACUGCACAUCCGGCGAACUGCGCGUCACAUCGGUUGCGUAGACACACAUACCGCUCGUUUGGGACUAAGAUGUAGAAUUUCAAGUGAAAUCUCGAGCUGUGUGUGACGUGACGGACGAGUAUCGAUGCGCUAAGCUUCAGGUUCUUCAACUCCAGUCCUUAGGCUGCGGUGCAGCUGCUAUGUGGUGAACCGAGAACGAGGCAGCAGAGUGGGCGGGUGGUAGUACAGCAAAUAGGCUGCUGCAAUUCAUGUUUUGUGCAUGGGCACUCUGGUAUUUUCCUCCACUCAAACUACAAUUACUAAAGAAUUCGUUUUACCCAGAAUCCUCAAGCAUUACUCUUCCCCCCCCUACCCCCCCAAAAAAAAUAUUUUUCCAUGGGUAAAUAUUAUUUAAUUCAAAUUGCCGAUUUACAAAAAUAAAGCGCUUGCUUAACGACUGGAGUUUGAGAACCCUCUGCUGUUUUUACGUGGUUAUGUAUUUUUUUUUAUUUUAAGUACUUUGGUCUGAGAUUUAGCGGAGUUUUUUUCUGUGUGUGUAAUACUUUGUCAUUGUUAGCUAUGCAACAGAUCAAACCCGCUAAUUCUCCUGCUAAACUUUUUAAGCUUACGUGAUUAUCUUUGUUUUUCUUUGGAUUUAACUUCAUCAGUUCGUGACGUUUCGACGUCUCCUUCGCCCCCUUAUACUUUGUUGUUGUGUAUGGAACCCUCGCUCGGCAUGCCUCGGUUUGGGUCACUGUAACGAGCGUAGUAGGUUUACUUUACGAUGUUUAGUGGUGAAGAAUAAUGACAACAUGCUAUAUUCCAGUUUUUCACGAGUACAUAUUGACACCUAACUAGUUGUGUACUCCGUGCCAAACAUUUGAAGGUCUAAUUUACAAUGGAACCCCCCCCCCACCAUUAAAUACAAUUAAAAAAAUAGA